AUGAAGGUGUCUCAGGCGUUCUUGCUCGGUUCACUUGUCCUCCCCAUCUUGGCAUUGGUCCCGGGGACCAGAGAGCAAGCUCCAAGGGACUUGAAUGCCGACUCAUUCUCGGAAUUUGUCACGAGAAACACACAGCUCAUUGACGAAGCACUCAAGAGGCGUGAAAGCAUUCAGUAUGAUGGCCGCUUGCCUGAGCUUCGAGAAGGCUGGCCAAAUAUCACGGCUGUAAAGACAAGCCGCAGCGCCGAAAGCAGUGAGUUGGCAGCACGCUCAAGCGGCGAAGUGGCCAUCCGUGACGACCCUGGCGACUUUGCGAGAUAUCUCUUCAUGGGUCUGAGGGUCUACACUGUGGUUGCGGCUCCGGUGACGUGGUAUGGCCUUGUCGACUCCUGCAGCCAGUUCACGGAGGAGACUGGCAACGGCAUUCAAUGUGUCUUUGGAGCCAUCACUCAAGUCAUUGCCAUUGUAACCCUUGUUUACCAGGGAGCCAUCUGGCGUGGCCAGCUUGCGCAGAGACUGACCGACAACGGGUGGCACGUCCCGGGAAUCAACAAGCGGGAUGAGUGGGUCAGCAACAUGGUACGUGAUCUGUCAGAAGGCCUCAAGAGCGAAGUCCGCCACAUUGGCUCUUGGGACGAUGAAGACCUUGCAAAGCGCGACUCUGGGCCUGCUGCGCCCAGAGAAGUUUUUGGCAUCAAGGCUGGCAACCAGGACUAUCACUUCACGUUUAUGGGCCGUGAUGCGGAGGGCAAGGGUACCUUCAGGCUUGGUCUAGGCGAUGGCUUCGACCCGAACGACAAGCAGCGCCGCCAGAACCCGCUCACGAACAACAACUUUUACUUCAAGUCUGGUGGCAUCGACUUUGAGGUCCAGGCUGUGGAGAGCGCUUCGUUCCCUGAAUGGAGUUGGGGAUCGCCCACUGACAAUCUCGAGUUCCAAGACAUUUACAACUCGGUCAACUGCUACCUCGGAGGCGUGCAGGGCUUGUUCCUUGCUGGGGAGAAUGCCAUCAACUUUCAGGUCUACGACAGCUUCAAGGAUGAGACGCUGUCGGCGGGCAUCAUGUCCCCUUUCUCUGCCUCUCAGAAAUCCGCCAUCCGUCAGAUGAAGCUUACCGGAGGCAUUGAGAGCAACAAGUGCGGAGCUUUCUGA